AUGGGGGAGGCGACCAUGAAUAUCAUCGGCGCUUUCGGUAGCACGUUCAGCCACCGUGUCAAGCUGGCUCUGAGUCCCAAGGGAGUUCCCUACGAGCUCGCACUAGAAGACCUGGCCAACAAAAGUGAGUUGCUGCUGACCCACAACUCCGUCCACAGGAUGGUCGCCGUGCUCCUCCACGACGGUCGGUCCAUCCGUGAGUCGCUCUUCAUCGUCGAGUACGUGGACGAGGCCUUCCAUGGGCCGCCACACCUGCCGGCCAACAUCCACAACGAUCAAAAGGAGCAGCUGAAUGGGAAGAAGUUCUUCGGCCGGGACGCCAUCGGCCUCGUGGACAUCACUGUCGGCGGGUUGGCUGGUGCACUGGCUGGGCGUCUUCGAGGAGAUCUGCGGGGUGACGCUGGUUGCCGACGAGGAAUUCCCCGGUCUCUGCCGCUGGGCGAAGGCCUACGUCGAGGAGGAGGACGACGUGAAGUGGUGCCUGUCGGAUAUGGGAAAUGGAGAUAUUUGGCAAAAAAGAAGGACAUGAAAUGA